AUGGAUACUGAGCAUGAAGAAAUUAAAUAUGUAAAUGAAGAUUUAGAAAGUAAUGUUUUCGGAAGCGAUUGUGAAGUAUAUCCACAAAUAUUAAAAAAUGAAAGAAAUAUUGGAAAUAAAGUAUGUAAGGAAGAUUGUGAAGUAUAUCCACAAAUAUUAAAAAAUGAAAGAAAUAUUGGAAAUAAAGUAUGUAAGGAAAAUUGUGAAGUUCAGCCACAAGUAUUAAAAAAUGAUAUGUGUUAUGAAAAUAAUAGACGUGAAAGUAUUAGUGAAGUUCAUCCACAAGACUUUAGUAAUGAAAAGAAUCAUGAAAAUAAUUUAUUUGUCAUAGAACCAAGAUGUGAAAAAGUGAUUUCUAUUUCAAUAGAGAACCCUAAAUUGAAAGAGGGACUAAUACUAGAUAAAAUUAAGAUAUCAGAUGGACUGGACAUCAAUUGCACAAUGUCAGACAACACACAAGAUAUUCUCAAAGAAACUGCAGCGGCGGCGGCUAUCAGUGGUUCACUGUUUAGUACUUUUGAUAUAUUUAUGCUUGUCACUUUAUUUGGUGCAGCUGUUUGGUGGCUGUAUAGUUCUAAAAAAGAAGAUAAAAAGGAUGAAUUACUCCUUCAUAAUUAUGCCAUACAGCCAGCAGGAUCUAUACAAGUGACAGAAAAUUCUUUUAUAAAGAAAUUACAAUCGUCAGGUAGAAGUCUCGUUGUGUUCUAUGGGUCACAAACAGGCACAGGGGAGGAAUUUGCAGGUCGUUUAGCCAAAGAGGGCAUUCGAUACAAAAUGAAAGGCAUGGUGGCUGACCCUGAAGAAUGCGAUAUGGAAGAACUCACUAAACUCAAAGAAAUCGAAAAUUCGCUAGCAGUAUUUUGUUUAGCAACGUAUGGUGAAGGAGAUCCAACAGAUAACGCAAUGGAAUUUGUUGAAUGGCUCAAAAAUGAUAAUGAUCUUACAGGAUUAAAUUAUGCUGUUUUUGGACUUGGGAACAAGACUUAUGAACAUUAUAAUUCUGUAGCUACUUAUGUUGAUAAGCGGCUUGAAGAACUUGGAGCCACAAGAGUUCAUGAACUAGGGUUAGGAGAUGAUGAUGCAAAUAUUGAGGAUGACUUUAUUACCUGGAAAGAUAAAUUCUGGCCAUCAGUAUGUGAGAAAUUCAAUAUUGAAAGUACAGGAGAGGAACAGCUGACACGGCAGUUUAAUUUAAUAACACAUUCACCAGAUGAAAUUUCACCAAAUGAAAUAUUUACUGGGGAAAUUGCUAGGCUACAUACACUACAAAAACAGAGGCCGCCUUUUGAUGUAAAAAAUCCAUUCUUAGCUGAAAUAAAAGUAAACCGAGAAUUGUUUAAAGGUGGUGACAGAUCAUGUCUGCAUAUAGAAUUAGAUAUUUCUGGCUCAAAUAUGAGAUAUGAAGCUGGUGAUCAUGUAGCCGUGUAUCCAAUUAACAAUAAAGACUUAGUUGAACGCCUUGGGAAAUUGACAGAUGCUAAUUUAAAUGAAGUUUUUUCACUAGUAAACACUGAUCAAGAAAGUACCAAAAAACAUCCUUUCCCCUGUCCCACAUCUUAUCGCACUGCGCUGUCACACUACCUAGAGAUCACAACAUUGCCUAGGACACAUAUUCUCAGAGAGCUUGUUGAAUACUGCUCUGAUGAAGAGGAUAAAAAUAAACUUUUACUUAUGGCCACAAAUUCUAAAGAGGGCAAAGAAUUAUAUCAGUCAUUUGUGGUUGAUGCAUGCAGAAAUAUUGUACAUAUAUUAGAGGAUAUCAAGUCAUGUAAACCACCUCUGGACCAUAUUUGUGAAUUAUUACCACGCAUUCAACCAAGAUACUAUUCUAUUUCAUCCAGUCCUAAGCUGCAUCCUGAGACAGUUCAUGUGACGGCAGUGGUUGUGAAGUAUACAACUCCGACAGGAAGAAUUAACAAUGGAGUGGCCACAACAUGGCUAGCGGACAAUAAGCCUGAGCCCGGCACCCCCGGCCCACGGGUCCCAGUGUACAUUAGAAAGUCACAAUUUAGGUUACCCCUCCAAACUCAGACACCUAUCCUCAUGAUUGGUCCUGGUACCGGCAUAGCGCCCUUCCGCGGCUUCCUGCAGGAGAGAUCAUACGCGAGACAAAACGGCAAGGAAGUCGGGGAUAGCGUGCUUUACUUCGGCUGCAGACACCGGGACCAGGACUUCUUAUACCAAGAGGAAUUAGAAGAAUAUCAAAAGAACGGUGAUGUCCAGUUGCACGUCGCUUUUUCAAGAGAUCAAGCUCAAAAAAUAUAUGUGACGCAUUUACUAGAGAACAAUUUAGAUCAAGUUUGGGAUAUUAUUGGCAAGAGGAAUGGACACAUUUACAUAUGCGGUGAUGCGAAAAAUAUGGCCGUGGACGUACGCAACAUUGUUCUGAAGGCGGUCAUGGUGAAGGGAGAUCGCUCUGAAGCCGACGCUAUACAGUUCCUUAGAAAACUAGAAUCUAUGAAGAAAUAUUCCGCGGACGUGUGG